UCUCCCUCCAUGCCUCCCUCCAAGCCUAGAGCGCAGUAUGCUUAAGAAUAGAAAGCCUUUGACCUCAUACCUUGGAAUAGAAAGUCUGCUAGCCCAAUCCAAAAGCAAAAUCCCAUAUCGAGGAGCAGAGGGAGAGGAAGCAAGGAACAAUGGUUGAUCGGCCUGAGUUCUUAUGCUCCUUGUUGUGUUUCUUUGCGCACCUGCAGCAGGUGGUUAGGAAGUACUUUCUCGCCAUGGCUCUCUGCUCCAAGUCUCCCGGCCAUGCCUCCCCUGCCCCCGCUAUGUCGUGGAAGCGGCUCGCCGAGCUGCCCGCCGUAGCCAGCAAGAGGUCCAAGGACUCUUCCGACCGCAGGGUGCGCCCCGUUGUCGACGUGGUUCCCGGAGGAAGCAAACCGGCAGGGACUUUCGUCGAAAAGGUUUCGUCCCUUCCGAAGCAAGAGAAUGUGGAGUGUGAGGAAAACUCCGGUCACCCAAUGGUAAAAGUUACGGCGAAUAAGAUACCAAGGACGAGAAGAAGACCGGCGAGGAUAGCCAUACCAAAGCCUUCAGCAGAUGCAACUUUUGGUGUUGCGGAUAGGGAGGAGGAUGGGGUUGAAAGGGACUUGGAAGUCGAGGGUGGUGAGUAUUGUGUUGUCAGCAGGAAGGGACACAGGCAUAUGAUGGAAGAUGGCUAUGCGGUCAUAUCCACCAUCCAUGGACACUCCAAACAGGCCUUUUUUGGAGUGUUUGAUGGGCAUGGGGGGCGUGCCGCUGUGGACUUCGUCUCUGAGACGCUUGGGAAGAACAUUGUGGCAGCUCUAGAUGAGCCAGAGAAGGAAGACAAUCAAGCAGACACGGCAAUAAAAGCAGGCUAUCUGACCACGGACAGAGACUUCCUAAGUCAGGGUGUUAGUAGUGGAGUUUGUGCAGCCACUGUGUUGCUAAAAGAUGGAGAACUACAUGUGGCUAAUGUGGGCGACUGCAGGGUGGUUAUGAGCAGGAAGGGAGUAGCAGAUGCUCUUACUGAUGACCACCGAGCUGGUAGAGAAGAUGAGCGCAUUCGCAUUGAGAACUCUGGGGGCUAUGUGACAUGUCACAAUGGAAUAUGGAGGGUGCAGGACUCUCUAGCUGUGUCAAGAGCAAUCGGCGACCUGAACAUGAAGGAAUGGAUCAUUUCUGAGCCCGAAACAAAGAGUCUUCAGCUAACUCCAGAGUGUGAGUUCUUAAUACUGGCCUCAGAUGGGUUGUGGGAUAAGGUCGAAAACCAGGAGGCAGUUGAUGUCGUCUCAAGGCAAAGCAACGCCAUGAAGUCAUGCAGAGACCUCAUAGAAAUCUCCUGCAGGAGGGGCAACCGAGAUGACAUUACAGUCAUGGUGAUAGACCUUCAGAAAUUUAUACAGCUACCUGGCUCGUGAAACUUCUUCUCGGUACUCCCUGUGAAUUAACAACACUUUCGUGGAUUCGAUCUUGAGGUAGCUGAUGACGUGCAGAUGAUGAUCAGCGAUACGCUCACUCCAAAGAAUGCAUCGCAUCUUCGUAAAUACUGAGAUCAAGAUGCCAUGCUCGAUGGAGGCCAAUUAAUCUUUAGGUUUAGGAGGAUGAGAGAUAGAGGAGAAGAAAAAGUGGAGAUAAAAAUGCAGAAGAUAUGGAGAAAGGGAAUACCUGUAAAUACACACACUUUGGUUCAUUAAAUUUGUCUCGAUUUCUAGCCUUGUCAAG